GCAUCUGUAUUGAUCUUAAUGCGCAAGGCUGAACUAUGGAGAUGUUUAAUUGGGUUAAAGCAUAUUGGCCCGGCACCCUCGGAAGUUUUGGUUGAUACCGAUGUAUUCUUCCGGUUUACUGAUUACAACACAAGUUUGGACUAUUUCACAGAUUCAGUGCGAUUGAUGUCUGACAGUAAUCAUGAUAAUUGGACCUUCUGAAGCUCCUUACAGGAUUAAGCUAAGCUCACUAUUUUUUUUAGAAGUUGCGUAGUAAUUUCUCCAUUAAGAGUUUUUAAACUUAGGAAAUUUCUGUGUGAUAAUCACACUAAACCGUGUUUUAUUUAUCAAAAUCAAAUUAAAGUGUGUGUUUCGACUAAUUAAAAUAAGGUACUUCAGUCUGUUAAGGUUAAGAAGUUUCGAGGAAUUGGGACGUGGAGUUAGUGCAUGUCAAGAUGUUUAGGAUAAGAACACAACGAGAGGAUGGUCAGGGCCGAUAUCCAUAAAACAUCUUCAGUCAUUUCCUAGUUUACAUAGUUUCCUAAAAUUUUCAUUUAAUUAAUAGUACUUAUGUCAAAUGAACAAUGAGAUACUUAAAAUGACUUAAGUUAGGAAAUAACUCAAGAUGUUUUAUGAAUAUCGGCCCUGUUCUUCAUAUACAAACAAUGGAUUUAUUGGACACAGGCUGGGCUGAUUGUUGGCCGAACUGAAAGUAAUUAAUAACGCGAUGAACGACAUCUUUGUUAAUACGGUAUAACGUUUAAACGUGAACUAUACGAUGGUGUGCUCAUAAAAAAAUAAAACUUUAAAUAUAAACAAGUACAGCUGAAACAACUUUACUUGUGAUUUUCUCUAUAUAUCGAGACUACCAGAGCAGUAACGAGUUGAAAGUUUACAACGUAUGACCUGGGACCAAUAAAUCCUGCUCCCAGAUAUUAGGCUAAAAGAGUGGGCUAAACCCCCUAGAGAAGGAGGGAGGAGCUGCACCAUAUGAGAGCAAGAUGGAGCUGUGUUUUGACUCCCUGGACUGUGCGCCGUGUCCGCCAGUCUUCAUCGAGGGCGCGUACGAAAUCCUGGUCGCCACCGCCACUGCCGCCAACUUCACAGCCUACGAGGUUGACGUCAUCCGUGCUAAGUGUGACAUCGAUAUUCCAACAACAACGACGACGACGAUGCCAACAACAACAACAACUGAAACUUCCACAGUUCCACCAACAACGGCGACUUCAACAGAGUCUACAUCAGAAUAUACGUCACCAACUCUUACCACUACUAGCAGCACCGAAUGGCCGUUCACCUCUUACAACAGUACGGAUGCCGAUGUAGAUAACACCACAUACAUUUCCACCACAGUAUUUCAAGGAACACCCUCCUCAAACACACACAUUCCGACAACAUUGUUCUCAAUGUACGUCACGCCUAUAAACGGGACGUCGGAUAACGCGACGUCAGGGAACGUCAGUACGGACGAAGCUGCAGGUGGUGUGCAGACCCAAGGGCGUUUUGAGCUUUGUAAUGAUGUGUGUGUGAUGGGGGUGGUGACGGGAGCGCUUUGUUUGGCUGUCAUCAUGUGUGCCGUACUCGCUAUCGCUCUGAAGCGAGGCGUGGUUACCCGGAAGCGGAGUCGUGAACGAGGCAGGAGUCGUCGGCGCUUUCCCGACGUGCAAAACACGAAGUUGUAUGAUAGUGUGGACGUUGACGAAUCGAUGUCCAGCAAGCGAAGCAGUGGUUCUUCCUUUAUUCGGAGAUCCACGGAUUUCUCCCGACUUCCGGUCAUGUUCGACAACCCGGCCUACCGCCGCUCGAUUGAGCUUCGCCCCGUUAGUCCACACUGCAACUGGUACGACCCGGAUGCGGCCAACUACGAGUACUCCAUCACGAACGCUAACCUAGUGACGAGGAAGCCCACUAGCCCCAAAGGGAGGUCACUCUCUACCUCCCGCAUCUUUGACAAAAGACUGAGUGGCAAUCCGAAUGAUCUAAAAUCAUCCAGAGCUUCACUUCGUGAGUAUGUGCCCAAGAUUCUGAAACCUGACAGCAGUGAUAAUGAGAUUUCAAAUUAUAUACCUAAAAGUGCAAAAGUGAACAUUCAGAAUGGGGUUAUUCCGAAUAGCAAACAGCCUCGAUCAAGUAGCCAGCGCUCACUCCCUAGGACGCCAAUGGAGGACCAUCCGGUCAAUUUCAACGCGGACCCUCGGUCCACAUUCAGACAAACAUACAGGUCGAAGUCAUUUGACCCUGACUUUAACUUACAGACAGAACGACCAGAUAUAAACUACUACACACUUAACAAUCGCAGGUCGACAACGAAGCACAUAAAUAGAGACAUAAACCAUGAUAGUCCCGGAGGUAAGGACAAAAACUUGAAAACGAGGUCACAACGAGAUAAAGAGCACUCUGGUUAUGUUCAACAGAUACCCCGGAGUUAUAGUGUAGCGAGAUCUAGCCAGCUUCCGAGCAGCCCGGUCAGUGCGACUCCCCAGGCCUACACUGACCGGGAGAUCGUCAGCUCUAAUCUGCAUCGGGAGCCAUUUGUGGUACUCACACGAGCACCCAACGGAAAUAUUGCACGUGCAUAUACGUCACCUAGAAAACCACCACGUGAUCGCAGUCCGAGUGUGGAGGACAGACGGACAAACCAAUUCGCCAUGUCAUACAGGCCCGCUCACAGAGACGAUGUGUUCAUGUUUCAGACAAAGUUAUGAGACCGCUUGUAAACGUAUAUACAUGUGUAUCAUCAAUCGAAAGAUAGAUCUCAACCUUCAUUAAAGUAAUAAGAACUUAUUACAGCAUCGUAUGUGAUGCAAUUACUCUCAUGGUUUUGGCUGAGCCCCGGCCUGUGUUAUAUUUACAUUAUAUAUUAUUACUUACUUACGUUGUAACUUUUGUUGAAUUUAUAAGCGUUAUAUUUAAAAACAAAUAUUUCAAUUAAUCAUGAUGUUGUUUUUGCAAAAUUAUACCAUUGUGAACUUGG